UCGGCGAAGGCAGAAUGUUAAACUCGCUCGCGAAUUCGGACUUAUUGUUCUGUUCGUCGGUAAUAAUCGAGUGAAAAUUCAAGCAUGUCGACUGUGAUUGAAGCUGAAUAAGACCAGCGAUGAGUAUAUUACUGUGGAGGCAACGAAGGGCCAGCCAGUUGAGGGCGGAAGCAACCCAUUCCUUAACGAGGGAGGAUGAGGAAUGGAGCGACUCGGAGAAAACACCCUCGGUGAGCAGUGGCGUGGAUGGCGGUGGAUCGGGGGUUUCCAGCCCGGUCGCGCCUGUCGCCGAAGAGGAAUCGAGCCUUCCACCACCACCGAGACUGAAUCCUCCUUCCUCGACGACCGUAAUCGCGAAUUCAGCCGCUGAGGAUAUCAGAUUGAGGCUCAGCGUACUCUCCGAGGACGCACGAAAACGGCUGGCUAGUCUUACCGAAGAUAUUGAGAUUGCAAGAACCUUGAGAGACCGAAAUGCGAUUCCUAGGAUCAAUCAAACACGAGAAUCAAGCCCGAAGGAGACGGAAGAUGAAUCUAAUACGGUCCUGGUCAAAGAGGAGGACUGUCAGCCGAGAUCGUCGUUCUCCUCGUCGUCAUCGACCAGAAGACGGGAAUCCGUGAGCAGAAGGGACUCCGAAGAUUCCUCGAGACGAUCGAACACAGACGAUCCACCGUCCGAGAAGAAACUGAAACUCGACGACGAAGCAGCACCAAGACUGAGACUUAAUGCUAGUCUGGCGACGGAUCCAGCACUCCGACCCGCCGCUGUAGCCGCGCUCACUGUCAAGCCGGAGAAUACCUCGCCGCCAAAUCCUGUGCCACCGCUACCGGCUGGUCUUCAAAAUGGAUUACGGACAAAACCGAAUAUAUCAAUCAAAGAAACGAACGUUGCAGCAAUCGCGUCAGGUCGGCUGUUCGUGCUGCCGACCGACGGAAAGGAAACGAUCACGGUGGAGCCUGCCAGGCCGGCGGCUCUGAUCUGUCCUCCCUGCGGCAUCCGGUUCAGCUCGGCAAGCACUCUAGAGGCGCACCGUACUUUUUAUUGCGCCCAUCGUCCCCGGCUCGAAGAGGAUGCUGCGAACGAGGAAGACGAGGAGAAAUCGAACAAGUUCGAGGUGAGGAAGGCGUACGCCUGUCCCCACUGCUCGUACAGCGCGGACAAGAAGGUCUCGUUGAACAGACACAUGAGGAUGCACGCCGCCUCGCCGGCACCACCCACGAUACCGCCCGCUCCGACCGCGGCCACGACUCCGGGAAGCGGUACACCGGCUGCCUCGAACGGCUCUUUAAACGAGGAAGCGGAGAGAUAUUGUAGGAACUGUGACAUCCGAUUCAGCUCGCUGAAGACUUACCGGGCGCACAAAACGCACUACUGCAGUACCAGGCACGUGGUCAAGGAUACACCGCCGCCGGCCACGGUGGCCUCCUCGUCGGUGAAAGCCUCACCACCGACGAGCGCGAGUCCCGGAGAGGGAUCACCACCUCCGCAACCUUGUCUGGCACUGCCUACAAAUCCCAUCCUCAUCGUGCCGUACUCUCUGUUUCGCGGAGCCAGUGUCCUGGCGGCACCGACUCUGCCCGCGCCUGACACCGCCUGCUUCCUUCUUCCGAAUGGUCAUCUUCAACCGAUGACCAGAGGUCUCGCCACAGCGCCGCAGAAUGCAGUGGUCGAACCGCCGCCGGUUCUCCGGGCAGCGAACAAGCCAACGACCCCGGCAUCCGUCGUGGCGUCGUCCACAUCGCCACCUGGCUCGGCACCGCUAGAUUUAAGCGUCAGAAAGUCACCCGCCCAUCAGGACGAAAAGGAGAACAGGGUGUCACCAGCACCUUCCUCUCUGCCUCCACCGCCUGGUAGUCCCAGGUCCAGAGGAAGCGGAAGUCCUAGGGCGAGGUCGAUCGGUUCUGCACCGGUGGUUGGAACCGUUAUACCUCCGCCGCAGACGGAACUCGCACUGAGACUGGCUGAACUUCCGCCUCCACCUGUUCCCGGGGUGCUCGUGAAGCAAGGUGUGUCGAGAUGCAAGGAGUGUAAUAUCGUCUUCUGUCGUCAUGAAAACUUCGUUGCGCACAAGAAACAUUACUGUCAAGCGAGGGAGACGACUGUCAGCAAUAGUCCUCCACCCCCUGGUACACCUUCACCUCCUCUGGUCCAGUUGAUCUGCGCCGCAUGCGGCAUUAAAUUCGCCUCCAUGGACAAUCUAGUUGCUCAUCAGGCAUUCUACUGUCCCAAGAGGCCGGAACCUCAGGAACAUCAUUCGAGGUGCUCUAAAUGCAAAGCCGUAGUCGAACCUGGGAGCACCCAUACGUGUACCAGCGGGUCUACGGGAGGUUGGAGAUGUCCCGUUUGCGGCACGGUCAGUCCUACAGCAGGAGCAGCUCAGCGUCAUAUAGACGCGCAUCAAGGCGUCAAGGCUUUCAGAUGUACGAUCUGUCGUUACAAAGGAAAUACGUUGCGCGGUAUGAGGACGCAUAUCAAGAUGCACUUUGAGAAACGUGGUGCCGAUCUACAGGAAGAAAAUUAUAUAUCGUGCGUAAUAGACGAAGAUACGAUUCUGCCGACUUCAGAACCCGCUCCAGCCACUACUCCAGAGGAAAUCCCCGCGGAAGUGCAAGUAAAUGGGAAAACCGAAGUACGGAAGAGUCCUCAACCACCACCACCACCGCCGCCGCCGCUUCCGGCGGUGACGAACAAGGUGAAGCAAGAACGCGAGGACACGCCGCCUCCUGAGGAAAGUCUCGACCCAAACAAAAGCGGCCCGCGUUAUUGCAGGUCGUGCGAUAUAAGUUUCAAUUACCUGAGCACGUUCAUUGCUCACAAGAAGUUCUACUGCUCGAGUCACGCUGGCGAAGCGAGCAACAAUAACAACAACAAUAAUAACAACAACUCGAGCAGUCACGCGACGACGCCGCCGAGCGGCAGGACCGAAGCUUCGGUGCUUUAAAGAAAAACGAAGCAAAGACUCUCUCGAAUGGGACUGUUAAUUGUUGCCAGUUUAUACAUAUAUAAUUGCCGACUAUCCGAUUUAGUUGACUACCGUUGUGUGAUUUCUGUUGAUCCAGGGAAUUGUUUGUACUUAUAAGUUGAGUUUUUCCGACGUGUACAUACGCGGUGCGCGAAGAGGAGAGGCUGCGUUUAAGCGUUAAGAAGCGGUACAUUAAAUAAACGGUGAGAGAAAAUUAACGGCGAUCGUAGUGACGUUUUGAUAGUUCACUUUCGUAUAGCGUUUAUAGGUAUAAGAUAAUGAAGUAAAAUGCGAGAAAGUGAAACUGGUCUCUCGAACGCAACGAUCGUUCUCUAUACGGAAAGGUGUGCAAUCUCAUGACUCUUCAGUAAUCUCGUAGUUGUAAUUGAUAAUCGACACAUACCUAAGGAAUUUUACGGAAAAGUAACGAUGAGUGUAAAAUGUUGUACAGUAGACGAGUAGAGUAUUACGAUACGAUAAUAGUUGAUAAUCCUGAAUGAUACCAAUUCCCAGCUUGUGAAAAUGCUAAGUUGCAAUAUGACAUUUAAUAUAUUAUAUAUAUAUAUAUAUAAUAUA